AUGUUAAAAUCUCUGUUCAAAAAUUCAUCAACCAUGUUUAUAAGAAUAUCGACGUUCGUGUGCAACAUCAUCAUAACUUCAAUUUUAUUAGUAAAACUAUCCUGUGCUGGAACAGCAGAUAUAUACAAGAAUGCUCGACUUGGAACAAGAAUCGUUCAAACGCGCUAUGGGCGCCUCCAAGGAUUGGUUUUGCCAUUAGAUAAUUUUAAAUUUCUCAAACCCGUCGAGGCAUUCUUAUCAGUUCCUUACGCAACACCGCCCACCAGAAGUAAUCGCUUUUAUGCUGUUGCCAAUGUUUUAUGUAAAGCAGAUGGUAAUUUACCUAAAGCAGUCGAUUACCAAGAACAUCAUAAAAAUAAAUUCAUAAAUCAAGAAUUUAUUCUAGAAAACAUUUUUCCAUGUAACCGACAAAAUUAA